AUUUAUUAAUUAAUAACAAAUUAUGAAUAGGUAUCUAGAUUCUUCCACUUGGUGUGAUAUGCUCAGCGCACACGUCCAUCUUCCUGUCCUAUAAUUUUCAUUCAUCUUUCCUAAAAUUUUCACUACGCGCCAGAUUAAAUAUGCAACCUCAAUCGAGCCUGCUUAACGUCUCUGUUACAUGGAGGGGAAAGAAAUUUGUUGUAGAGAUGAAUAUAGGGGCCAAUGUUAAGGAUCUAGGACAGGAAUUGCAAAAGUUAACUAAUAUCAAUGAAGAUACGAUGCGGUUCAUUAUUCCACAAAUAUCUGGUAGAGCGUCAAAACUGCUGGCUCCAUUUUCAGCGGAGCAUGCAGUUUUAAGUCUGGAGGAAGCUUCAAUUACUGAGGCCAAGUCAAUUAUCAUGAUGGGUGUGUCAACAAAUGAGGUUGAAGAGGUUCUUCAAAGUUCAAAAACAGAUUUAAGAAUAGCUGGAUUUGAGGAUGAAGAGAAGAGAAUGAAACAGAGAAUUUCACAUGAACCUCAUAUUUCAUUGAAACUCCCACAAGGGCAGUAUAUAUUUUGUGAAUUUCGCACACUUCAAAUUCCAGGAUUAGAGUUGAAUCCUCCAGCUGCUGAAGCACUUAAAAGAAUGCACAUGCUUGCUGCAGAUCCUGGAAUUGUUGCUGUCAUGAACAAGCAUCGAUGGCGUGUUGGAAUUAUGACUGAGAUGGCUCCUGUUGGUUAUGUUGGUGUGGACCCAAAAUGUAUUCUUGGUUUUAACAAGAACCAUGGAGAGGAAAUAUCACUGCGCCUAAGGACUGAUGACCUCAAAGGUUUCAGGAAAUAUGAAAGCAUCAAGAAAACUCUACUGCAUGAACUUGCACACAUGGUAUACUCUGAACAUGAUGCGAACUUUUAUGCUCUGGAUAAGCAGUUAAAUCAAGAAGCAUCUAGUUUAGAUUGGACUAGAUCUGCAAGCCACACUUUGAGUGGAGUAAGGAAUACUUCAACCUAUGAAGAUGACAUUAUAGCUGACAAAAGCAGUAUUCCUCAAAAGCUUGGUGGUAACAGGACAGAUCAGCUAAUAAGUGCACGUGAAUCUUCUGUUGCUGCUGCUUACCAUCGAUUGGCUAAUGUUUCUCCAAACAAGCUGGGAGGGUCUGAAUUAAAUCAAGAGCUGGAUCCUGGUUAUUCUAGUCAUAGUUUGAGUGAAAAAAAAUCUGAUUGUAUGAUAUCUGCCUCCAAAGAAAUCAAAGAUAUUGAAAUGGCUGUCACUAAUAACAAAGAAUAUAGAGGUGAGCCGGACCCUGAUGAUCAUAUUAUCAAUGGAAUGAAUCACGAGCCUGAUCCAGAUGAUUCUCAUCACGGUAAAGUUGUUGAUUAUGAUGUUAGUUCAGGAAUAGCUGAUAGAAAGAUUUCUGAACAACCUAAUGAUUUUGGUGUAAGGCAAGUUUUGUAUUCUGAGACAAGUACUGGUAAUAUGGUAGCAUCAUACACAUACAUUUCCAAUCAGGAUACUUCAGAAGCAUCUACGGAAUCCAUUGCUCCAAUUAUAGAAAUAAAUCUGAUGGCAGAAACUGUUCCCAAUGAUGUUGUUCCCACACCAGAAUUGUCUACAUUGCAAACUAAUGAGCCUGAUCCUGAUGAUCAAGAAUUUCAGAGAAUAAAUGAUACCUCAACUGCUGUUUGUAACCGUUUGUUGAAGGCUGUGGAAAUGCUAAGACGUGAAGUUAGUGCAAUGCAAGCCACUUCGAUCCUUCACACUCUCCUGAAAAUAAUUAGGAAUGUGAUUGAACACCCUUUAGUGGAAAAGUACAAGAGAUUGCGGAAGGCUAAUCCAAUCAUUGAGAGGAACAUUCUAAAUAAUAAAGCUGCCUUGGAAAUUCUAUUUCUGGUCGGCUUCAGCGAAGAUGUUAUGUUUGAUAAUCUUGGGAAGGAAGAUGCUUACUUGGUGUUAAAGCGGAAUGAUCCUGGCUUAUUAUGGCUUGCUAAGUCAACCCUUGAAUCAAGCACAGACUUACCUUGCUAGCCCAGAAAACGGUUCUGAAAGGCAAAGCAAAAUUGUACGUCAAAGCAUCUUACAAGAUUUCCAUUGUAUGAUGAGUUUGUAAAGUUUGUCAGUUUCUCUAUUUAUAGUCACUAUCCAAUAGAUAAAAUUGAAAACACAGAAACAUAAGGAGAAGGAAGAACUACAUUUGAAGUUCAAACGGAAACCUGGUACUCUCUAUCGGUGGUAAUAUUCGAGUUGUUCAUUGCACAACGUUAGAUGUCAUUUUGUUGUAUUUUAUUGAAUGUAUAUACAUUUCAUGAAUAAAGGGAAAUCCAUUUAGUGUUGUUUGUUUA